GAUUACUCUGAGACCCAGAGUAGAGCAGAACAGACUCGAGAAGAGUAGAAAAGAGAAGAGCAGAGUAGAACAGACUAGAGAAGAGUAGAAAAGAGAAGAGCAGAGUAGAACAGGGAAGAGAACAGAGCAGGUUAGAGGACUCUGAAAGUUUAGCCAACUGUCGUUUGGUUGACAACUCAACCCAGGUCAUAAAGAUAUAAACAGUCAUAGAAAAUAUAAACCGUCAUAUUAUUUAACAGAUGUUUUAUUUGAAGGUACACACUCUUCUUGUUGGGAUUCUGGUUGUUUUAGCAGGUUCAGCCAGGUGUUCAGAAGAUGAGACGCGUCUGGUUAAAACCCUGUUCACCGGCUAUAACAAGGUGGUCCGCCCUGUCAAUCACUUCAGAGAUCCGGUGGUGGUGACUGUAGGCUUGCAGCUCAUCCAGCUCAUUAGUGUGGAUGAAGUCAAUCAAAUUGUGACCAGUAAUGUGCGGCUGAAACAGAUAUGGGAGGACGUGAAUCUGAAGUGGAACCCUGAUGAUUAUAGUGGAAUUAAGAAGAUCAGAAUCCCUUCCACAGACAUCUGGCGUCCUGACCUCGUGCUCUAUAACAAUGCAGAUGGAGACUUUGCAAUCGUCCAUGAGACCAAGGUGCUGCUGGAGCACACAGGUCUGAUCACCUGGAACCCUCCGGCCAUCUUUAAGAGCUACUGUGAGAUCAUUGUGCUUCACUUCCCCUUCGACCUGCAGAACUGCAGUAUGAAGCUGGGGACAUGGACCUACGACGGCAACCUGGUAGUGGUCAACCCGGACAACGACCGGCCUGACUUGAGUAACUUCAUGGAGAGUGGUGAGUGGGUGAUGCAGGACUAUAGGAGCUGGAAGCACUGGGUGUACUAUGCCUGCUGCCCUGACACGCCCUACCUGGAUAUCACCUACCACUUCCUGAUGCUGAGGCUGCCUCUCUACUUUAUCGUCAACGUCAUCAUCCCCUGCAUGCUGUUCUCCUUCCUGACUGGACUGGUCUUCUACCUCCCCACUGACUCUGGUGAGAAGAUGACCCUGUCUAUCUCUGUCCUGCUGUCUCUCACUGUGUUUCUGCUAGUCAUCGUGGAGCUCAUCCCCUCCACCUCCAGUGCGGUGCCUCUCAUUGGGAAGUACAUGCUCUUCACCAUGGUCUUCGUCAUAGCUUCCAUCGUCAUCACCGUCAUCGUCAUCAACACACACCACCGCUCUCCCAGUACACACACAAUGCCCCAGUGGGUCCGCAAGCUUUUCAUCGACACCAUCCCCAAUUUCAUGUUCUUCUCGACUAUGAACCGUCCAUCCAGGGACAGGCAGGAGAAGAGGAUCCACCCGACUGACUUUGACAUCUCCGACAUCUCGGGCAAGCCUGCCCCUGCCUCUGUCACCUUCCAGUCCCCCAUCACCAAGAACCCGGACGUCCGCAGCGCCAUCGAGGGGGUCAAGUACAUCGCAGAGACCAUGAAGUCUGACGAAGAGUCUAACAAUGCUGCUGAGGAGUGGAAGUUUGUAGCCAUGGUCCUGGAUCACAUCUUGCUGUGUGUGUUCAUGGCUGUGUGUAUCAUCGGCACCAUGGGAGUGUUUGCUGGACGUCUCAUUGAGCUGAGCAUGCAGGACUAAAGGAGAGACCUAGCUGGAGUCAUCCUGGUCUGGCCACACUCUGGUUCUCCUGCUCGCUCUGACACCUGUCUGCUGUGCCUCUACCCCGAGUCAACCUGGUCUGUCCACACUCUGGUUCUCCUGCUCGCUCUGACACCUGUCUGCUGUGCCUCUACCCCGAGUCAACCUGGUCUGUCCACACUCUGGUUCUCCUGCUCGCUCUGACACCUGUCUGCUGUGCCUCUACCCCGAGUCAACCUGGUCUGUCCACACUCUGGUUCUCCUGCUCGCUCUGACACCUGUCUGCUGUGACUCUACCCCGAGUCAUCUGGUCUGUCCACACUCUGGUUCUCCUGCUCGCUCUGACACCUGUCUGCUGUGCCUCUACCCCGAGUCAUCUGGUCUGUCCACACUCUGGUUCUCCUGCUCGCUCUGACACCUGUCUGCUGUGCCUCUACCCCGAGUCAACCUGGUCUGUCCACACUCUGGUUCUCCUGCUCGCUCUGACACCUGUCUGCUGUGCCUCUACCCCGAGUCAACCUGGUCUGUCCACACUCUGGUUCUCCUGCUCGCUCUGACACCUGUCUGCUGUGCCUCUACCCCGAGUCAUCUGGAAAUGACAAUCAAUCGAUUGAUUGAUUGGUUGGUUGGAUCGUUGAUUGAAUGUAACUGGUCCAGUGAGGUGUUGUUAUAGAUUACAGUUGAAAAUAUGGACAUUCAUGGCACUCAGUGUUGAUAAGGUGUCCCGCUGUCAGCUGUCUGUGACUUGAUGGAUUGUGUUUAAGGAACGACGGUUAACCUCCCUAACGAGGGGAUUUCUUUAUUUUUAACCAUCGUUCCUCAUGUGGAACGAAGGAUGCAGAGUAUAUUGGUUUAACAAACUCUAUAUAACGGCUCUGAUUGUGAGCACUCUGGCACUCUUAUGGCACUGUGGAUGAGGGAGGUCACAUUAUGGCACUGUGGAUGAGGGAGGUCACAUUAUGGCACUGUGGAUGAGGGAGGUCACAUUAUGGCACUGUGGAUGAGGGAGGUCACAUUAUGGCACUGUGGAUGAGGGAGGUCACAUUAUUGCACUGUGGAUGAGGGAGAUCACAUUAUGGUACUGUGGAUGAGGGAGGUCACAUUAUGGUACUGUGGAUGAGGGAGAUCACAUUAUGGCACUGUGGAUGAGGGAGAUCACAUUAUUGCACUGUGGAUGAGGGAGAUCACAUUAUGGUACUGUGGAUGAGGGAGGUCACAUUAUGGUACUGUGGAUGAGGGAGAUCACAUUAUGGUACUGUGGAUGAGGG